CUCUCUCUCUCUAGCCCCCUUGCCGGUACCUCCUUCCCGUUUUCAGCUCACUUUCAUCUCCCGUUAGCCUGCGCUGUCUUUUCAGCACUACCUUAUUCCUCCCCCUCCUUGCCGUGAUCCUUUCGGACCCAAGCUUGCAAUAAGAUCUUGCAGCGCUACCAGUCUAAUCCCUGCAGUGGCUCCAGGCUGUGCACGAUGACAUGAGAGCCAACCGAGAUCAACGCCAACUCCAAGUGGCAUCAGACCUUCUCUUUGAACCUGGAUCAUUACUCGAUUUUCUGGCUAUUUUAUGCUCCCUUGGCUUACAUUAAGUGAAAAUUUGCAGGAGAUCCUCAAAGAUCUUCAUCGAAGCCCUUGGAUGUGUGGAUUAAAUACAGACAUGACUGGGUUGGGGAAACUGAAGUAUCUGCUUUCCCUGUGCACAGUGUUCUUCACUGCAGCUAAUGGACAGAAUUGUGGGGGUUUAGUACAGGGUCCAAAUGGCACAAUAGAAAGCCCGGGAUUUCCACAUGGGUAUCCAAACUAUGCCAACUGCACAUGGAUAAUAAUAACAGGAGAACGAAACAGGAUACAGCUGUCAUUUCUCAUCUUUGCUCUGGAAGAAGAUUUUGAUAUAUUAUCAGUUUUUGAUGGACAGCCGCAACAAGGAAAUCUAAAAGUCAGAUUAUCUGGAUUUCAACUACCAUCACCAAUAGUAAGCACAGGGUCCAUUCUUGCACUCUGGUUUACAACAGAUUUUGCUGUAAGUGCUCAAGGUUUUAAAGCUGUUUACGAAGUGUUGCCAAGCCAUACAUGUGGAAAUCCUGGUGAAAUACCUAAAGGUGUUCUGCAUGGAACACGAUUUAAUAUUGGUGACAAAAUUCGAUACAGCUGCAUUACUGGAUACAUUCUUGAGGGACAUCCAACACUGACAUGUAUUGUAAGUCCAGGGAAUGGAGCUUCCUGGGAUUUCCCUGCUCCAUUUUGUAGAGCGGAAGGCGCAUGUGGAGGAACAUUAAGAGGAACUAGUGGGAUCAUUUCAAGCCCUCAUUUUCCUUCAGAAUAUGAAAAUAAUGCAGACUGCACAUGGACUAUCCUAGCUGAACCUGGAGAUACUAUCGCUCUGGUUUUUACAGACUUCCAAAUGGAAGAAGGAUACGACUUUCUAGAAAUAAGUGGAACUGAAGCACCAUCAAUAUGGAUAACUGGAAUGAACUUACCAUCCCCAGUUAUAAGCAAUAAAAACUGGCUGCGUCUUCAUUUUACAUCUGACAGCAACCACAGACGUAAGGGAUUUCAUGCUCAGUUUCAAGUUAAAAAGGCAAUUGAACUAAAGUCCAGAGGAGUAAAGAUGUUGCCCAGCAAAGAAAGUAACCACAAAAACUCUGUCUUAAGUCAAGGAGGUGUGCCGAUGGCUACAGACAUGUGUCCUGACCCUGGAAUACCUGAAAAUGGAAAAAGAACAGGUUUUGACUUCAGAGUGGGAGCCAAUGUCCAAUUCUCCUGUGAUGAUAAUUAUGUGCUACAGGGCUCAAAGAGUAUUACUUGUCAGCGAGUAACUGACACUCUGGCUGCUUGGAGUGAUCAUAGACCGAUCUGUCGUGCAAGAACUUGUGGAUCGAACCUCCAAGGGCCAGCUGGAACAAUCACAUCACCCAACUAUCCUGUUCAAUAUGAAGACAAUGCACAUUGUGUUUGGGUGAUAACAACUUUGAAUCCAGAAAAGGUGAUCAAGCUUUCUUUUGAAGUAUUUGAACUCGAGAGAGGAUAUGAUACCCUAACCAUAGGAGACGGUGGGAAAGUUGGUGAUACAAGAUCUGUUUUAUAUGUAUUGACAGGUUCUAGUGUGCCCGAUCUCAUUGUUAGUAUGAGUAACCAGAUGUGGCUCCAUUUACAGUCGGAUGACAGCAUUGGCUCACCAGGAUUUAAAGCUCUAUACCAAGAAAUUGAAAAAGGUGGCUGUGGGGACCCAGGAAUUCCAGUUUAUGGAAAACGGAAUGGGAGCAGUUUUUUUCAUGGGGACAUUCUCACCUUUGAAUGUCAAGCAGCCUUUGAACUUGUGGGAGAAAAAACAAUAACAUGCCAACAAAAUAACCAGUGGUCUGGAAAUAAACCCAGCUGUGUGUUUUCUUGUUUCUUUAAUUUUACUACUCCAUCUGGGAUUAUCCUUUCACCAAACUAUCCAGAAGAGUAUGGAAACAAUAUGAAUUGUGUAUGGUUGAUAAUAUCUGAGCCUGGAAGUCGGAUCCAUCUGAUUUUUAAUGACUUUGAUGUGGAGCCUCAGUUUGAUUAUGUAGCAGUAAAAGAUGAAGGGAUUUCUGAAUUACCAGCACUCGGUACAUUUUCUGGAAACGAAGUGCCUUCUCAGAUUGCAAGCAAUAGUCACAUUGUGCGUUUAGAGUUCCAGUCUGACCACUCCACCACUGGAAGAGGCUUUAACAUUACCUACACAACCUUUGGUCAAAACGAAUGCCAUGAUCCAGGUAUUCCAACAAAUGGAAGGCGUUUUGGAGAUAGAUUCCUUCUUGGGAGCACUGUAUCAUUUCAUUGUGAUGAAGGUUUCAUCAAAACUCAAGGAUCUGAAUCUAUCACUUGUAUUCUACAAGAGGGAAAUGUAGUAUGGAGUUCUGCUGUACCAAGAUGUGAAGCACCAUGUGGAGGUCAUUUAACUGCAUCAAGCGGUGUUAUCCUGCCUCCAGGUUGGCCUGGAUAUUAUAAGGAUUCUUUGAACUGUGAAUGGGUGAUCGAAGCUAGACCUGGACAUUCAGUAAAAAUUACUUUUGGGAGGUUUCAGACUGAAGUAAAUUAUGAUAUUUUGGAAGUACGAGAUGGUUCAGCGAAUUCCUCACCAUUAAUUGGAGAAUAUCAUGGAACACAAGCUCCCCAAUUCUUAAUUAGCACAGGAAAUUACAUGUAUCUAUUGUUCACGACUGACAACAGUCGUUCUAAUGUGGGCUUCCUAAUUCGCUAUGAAAGUGUUACUCUGGAAAUUGAUUCUUGCCUUGACCCUGGAAUUCCAGUAAAUGGCUACCGACAUGGUAAAAAUUUUGGUAUUGGAUCUUCUGUAACAUUUACUUGUGAUCCUGGAUACAUACUGAGUGAUGAGGAGCCAUUGGUUUGUGAAAGUAACCAUCAGUGGAACCAUGCAUUGCCAAGCUGCGAUGCAUUGUGUGGUGGAUAUAUUCAUGGAAGAACAGGAACUAUACUUUCACCCGGUUUCCCCGAUUUUUAUCCUAACUCUUUGAAUUGUACUUGGACAAUCGAAGUCCCUCAUGGGAAAGGUGUACAGCUAAUGUUUCACACUUUCCACCUUGAAAGUUCCCACGACUAUUUGUUAAUAACAGAAGACGGCAGCUUUACUCAUCCAGUUGCCAGAUUGACCGGGUCAGUCUUACCACAGACUAUAAAAGCUGGGCUUUUUGGGAAUUUUACAGCUCAGCUUCGCUUUAUAUCUGACUUUUCCAUCUCAUAUGAAGGCUUUAACAUUACGUUUUCAGAGUAUGACUUGGAGCCAUGUGAAGAUCCAGGUGUCCCAGCUUACAGUAGAAGAAUUGGAUUUCAUUUCAGAGUUGGGGACUCUUUAACUUUUACUUGUUUCCCUGGAUAUCGUCUGGAAGGCGCAAAUAAGCUUACCUGCUUGGGCGGUGGUCGGAAAGUUUGGAGUACACCUCUUCCAAGGUGUGUGGCUGAAUGUGGAGCAACAGUUAUUGGCAAUGAAGGCACUCUGCUGUCCCCAAAUUACCCUGCUAAUUACGACAACAACCAUGAAUGCAUUUACAGAAUUGAGGCCCAGGCGGGAAAGGGGAUUAAUUUAAGGGCUGCCACGUUCCAGCUAUAUGAAGGAGACAUACUUAAGGUAUACGAUGGGAAAGACAGUUCUUCACGACUUCUUGGAGCUUUCUCAAAAAACGAGCUAUUAAAGUUAACGCUCAAUAGUACUUCAAACCAUUUGUGGAUAGAAUUUAACACAAAUGGGUCUGAAACUGACCUAGGAUUCCAUCUCACUUAUAGCAGUUUUGAUCUAGUGAAAUGUGAAGACCCUGGAACACCAAACUAUGGCUACAAGAUCCGUGAUGAUGGUCACUUUGCUGACACCACUAUUUUGUAUAGCUGCAACCCUGGAUACACCAUGCAUGGAAGCAGUAUUAUCACUUGUCUGAGUGGAGACAGGAGAGUGUGGGACAAACCUCUUCCAACUUGCACUGCGGAAUGUGGUGGACGAAUCUAUGCUGCAGCCUCAGGACGCAUUUUAUCACCAGGUUAUCCAGCACCAUACGAAAAUAAUUUGCAUUGUACUUGGAUUCUAGAGGCAGACCCUGGGAAAACGAUAAGCCUUCACUUUAUAGUGUUUGACACUGAAGUCUCUCAUGAUAUCCUAAAGGUAUGGGAUGGACCUAUAGACAGCAAUGUUCUUCUGAAAGAAUGGAGUGGUUCCUCUCUCCCUGAGGACAUUCAUGGCACUUUCAAUUCUUUGACGUUACAAUUUGAUAGUGAUUUUUUUAUCAGCAAGUCUGGUUACUCCAUACAAUUUUCAACGUCAGUUGCAUCCACAUGUAAUGAUCCUGGUAUUCCUCAAAAUGGUUCCCGAUAUGGAGACAGCAGAGAACCUGGAGACACUAUAACUUUUCAAUGUGACCCUGGCUAUCAUCUACAAGGACAAGAUAAAAUCACAUGUGUACAAUUAAACAAUCGAUUUUUUUGGCAACCAGAUCCACCAACUUGCAUAGCUGCAUGUGGAGGAAAUCUGACAGGCCCAUCAGGUGUUAUUUUAUCACCUAACUACCCUCAACCAUAUCCUCCAGGAAAAGAAUGCGACUGGAGAAUAAAAGUAAAUCCAGACUUUGUCAUUGCCUUGAUAUUCAAAAGUUUUAACAUGGAGCCCAGUUACGACUUUCUACAUAUAUAUGAAGGUGAAAAUUCUAACAGCCCUAUUAUUGGGAGUUAUCAAGGUUCUCACGCUCCAGAACGAAUAGAGAGCAGUGGCAGUAGUUUGUUCCUGGCCUUUCGCAGUGAUGCAUCAGUUGGAAUGUCCGGAUUUUCUAUUGAAUAUAAAGAAAAGCCGCGAGAAGCCUGUUUUGAUCCUGGGAACAUUAUGAAUGGGUCUCGUAUUGGAACGGAUUUCAAACUUGGAUCUACAGUCACUUAUCAGUGUGACCCAGGCUACAAAAUUAUUGAACCUUCUACCAUAACCUGUGUGAUUGGCUCAGAUGGAAAGCCUGCGUGGAAUAGGAUCUUACCAUCCUGUAAUGCCCCUUGUGGAGGGCAGUUUGCAGGAACCGAGGGAGUGGUUUUGUCUCCAAAUUAUCCAAAUAAUUACACUGCUGGCCAGAUCUGUCAUUACUCAAUAACCGUUCCAAAAGAAUUUGUUGUCUUUGGACAAUUUUCAUUUUUUCAAACAGCGCUGAAUGAUUUGGUAGAGCUUUUUGACGGUGCCCAAACACAGGCCAGAUUGCUGAGCUCCCUUUCAGGAAGUCAUACAGGGGAGACAAUGCCAUUAGCCACAUCUAAUCACAUUCUACUGAGAUUUAGUACAACAAAUGGCGCACCUGCCAAGGGAUUUCACUUUGUUUACCAAGCUGUGCCACGCACUAGUGACACACAGUGCAGCUCGGUUCCUGAGCCCCGAUACGGAAGAAGGAUAGGUUCUGAGUUCUCAGCAGGCUCUGUAAUUCGAUUUGAAUGCAACCCUGGAUACUUGCUUCAAGGAUCAAAGGCAAUUCUCUGUCAGACUGUACCGAAUGCUUUAGCGCAAUGGAAUGAUACAGUUCCAAGCUGCCUAGUACCAUGUAGUGGCAACUUUACAGAGAGAAGAGGGACAAUACUGUCACCUGGUUUUCCUGAACCUUAUGGUAAUAGCUUGAAUUGUAUAUGGAAGAUUACUGUGACUGAAGGAUCAGGUAUUCAGAUUCAAGUUUUAAGUUUUGCAACAGAGCACAACUGGGAUUCGCUUGAGAUAUAUGAUGGCUCAGAUAUGACAGCACCAAGACUGGGCAGCUUUUCUGGUACUACAGUUCCAGCUUUAUUAAACAGCACUUCUAAUCAACUUUACCUUCACUUUCAUUCUGAUAUAAGUGUGGCAGCUGCUGGAUUUCAUCUGGAAUAUAAAACUGUGGGUCUUACUGCCUGUCCAGAGCCAUCAGUACCAUUAAAUGGCAUUAAAAUUGGAGAUCGAUAUAUAGUUAAUGAUGUGGUCUCUUUCCAGUGUGAUCUUGGAUACACGUUACAGGGGCAUUCACAUAUCUUAUGUAUGCCCGGGACAGUGAGACGCUGGAAUUACCCCUCCCCUUUAUGCAUUGCCAAGUGUGGUGGAGCCCUGAUGAGCAUGAGUGGAGUCAUUCUAAGUCCAGGUUUUCCUGGAAAUUAUCCAAGUAAUUUAGACUGCACCUGGAAGAUCAUGCUACCUGUUGGAUAUGGAGCUCAUAUCCAAUUCGAAAAUUUUUCAACAGAGGCAAAUCAUGAUAUUCUUGAAAUUCAAAAUGGACCUUAUCACACCAGCUCCCAGAUUGGGCAGUUUAGUGGAACUGAGCUCCCACUAUCAUUACUCAGCACAACCCAUGAAGUACUCAUCCACUUUUUUAGCGAUCAUUCAAAUAACCGACAAGGCUUCAAAUUUCAGUAUCAAGCUUAUGAACUUCAGAACUGUCCUGAUCCUCAUCCUUUUAAGAAUGGGUACAUCAUCGGUUCUGAUUAUAAAGUGGGACAAUCAAUAUCUUUUGAAUGUUAUCCAGGGUAUGUUCUCAAAGGACAAGCCGUUCUAACUUGCCAACAUGGUAUUAAUAGAAAUUGGAAUUAUCCCUAUCCAAGAUGCGAAGCCCCUUGUGGAUAUAAUAUUACUUCGGAAAAUGGGACCAUUUACUCACCAGGAUUCCCAGAUGAAUAUCCAAAUUCAAAGGACUGCACAUGGUUUAUAUCUGUUCCACAGGGUCAUGGGGUUUAUAUUAACUUUACUUUACUCCAGACCGAACCAGUGAAUGAUUACAUUGCAGUAUGGGAUGGAGCUGACCAGAAUUCUCCCCAGCUUGGAGUUUUUAGUGGAAACACUGCUCUUGAAACAGCAUACAGCUCCUCACAUCAAGUCCUUCUGAAGUUUCAUAGUGACUUUUCAACUGGUGGAUUUUUUGUCCUUAAUUUUCACGCUUACCCACUUAAAAAAUGCCCGCCGCCCGCAGCUGUGGCAGAAGCGGAUAUCAUUUCAGAUGGUGAUGAUUUUGAAAUAGGGGAUUUCGUGAAAUAUCAGUGCCAUACAGGCUUUACAUUGGUUGGCAAUGAUAUGGUAACUUGUAAAUUGAUUGAUCAGUUACAAUUUGAAGGCUCUCUACCAAAAUGUGAAGCACAAUGUCCAGCAAAUGAAAUCCGUUUAGCAUCAUCUGGAGUUAUUCUUAGUCCUGGAUAUCCAGAAAACUACCCCAAUUCUCAGACCUGUUCAUGGACUAUUAAAGCUGAACCAGGUUAUAAUAUAUCCAUUUUUAUGGACACAUUUCAAAGUGAAAAGCAAUUUGAUGAGCUUGAGAUAUUUGAUGGACCCUCUGGACAAAGCUCUCUAAUUGUGGCUUUAAGUGGUAAUUUGACUGUGCAACAAAAUUUUACUAGCAAAAGUAAUAACGUUUAUAUGCGAUGGUCAACUGAUCAUGCAACAAAUAAAAAAGGUUUCAAGAUACGUUAUUCAGCUGCCUAUUGCAGUCUAAAUACACAGAUAAAAAAUGGUGGAAUAUUGAACAAGACUGGAGUAGAUCUUGGAUCUAGAGUUUACUACUUCUGUAAGCCAGGGUAUCGAAUGAUAGGAAACAGCAACACCACGUGCAUAAGAAAGUCGAAUGGGAUGUAUCAAUGGGCUUCUCCUACUCCAAUAUGUAAGGCUGUAUCGUGUGGAAUUGCCCCAUCUCCUGGAAACGGAUCGGUUUCUGGAAAUGAAUUUACUUUAGGAAGCAAGGUGAUAUAUGAAUGCAAUGAGGGCUACAGAUUACAGUCUAGUCAACAAUCAACAGCCAUAUGUCAGGAAGAUGGAUUGUGGAGUAAUGCAGGGAAACCACCUGUUUGUCAGCCUAUUACUUGCCCAAGCAUAGAUACACUGCUUUCAGAACAUGUCAACUGGAGGCAGGUUUCAGGAUCAUUAAAUGAAUAUGGAUCUCAAGUCUUGCUGAGCUGCAGCCCUGGUUAUUAUCUUGGUGGAUUGAGGCUUCUACAGUGUAGAGCUAAUGGAACGUGGAGUGGAAGUGAUGUCAAACCAACUUGUAAGGUGAUUUCAUGUGGAGAGUUACCUCCACCACCAAAUGGAAACAAGAUAGGAACUUUGAAUCACUAUGGAGCAACUACAAUCUUCACGUGUAACACAGGUUACACACUUGUUGGCUCACACGUGAGGGAGUGUUUAUCCAAUGGCCUUUGGAGUGGCACUGAUACUCGAUGUCUGGCUGGCCACUGUGGUUCUCCAGAUCCAAUCGUAAAUGGACAUAUUAGUGGUGAUGGUUUCACUUAUCGAGACACUGUUGUCUAUCAAUGUAAUCUAGGCUUUCGAUUAGUUGGUACAUCUGUUCGCAUUUGCCUUCAGGACCACAAAUGGUCUGGACAAACGCCAGUUUGUGUCCCGACUACUUGUGGUCAUCCUGGAAAUCCAGCAUAUGGGAUCACCAACGGAAGCGAGUUUAAUUUAAAUGAUAUUGUUAACUUCAGUUGCAACGUGGGCUACAUACUUCAUGGAGCAUUUCAGGCACAGUGUCGCAGCAAUGGAUUGUGGAGUAGUCCUCUCCCUUCUUGCAAAGUGGUAAACUGUACAGAUCCAGGGUUUGUGGAAAAUGCUAUCCGCCAUGGACAACAGAAUUAUCCUGAAAACUUUAAAUAUGGCAUCAGCGUGACUUAUCACUGCAAAAAAGGCUACUACCUUUUGGGGUCAUCUGCUUUAAAUUGUAAGGCAAAUGGAUUGUGGGACAGGUCGUUACCAAAGUGCUUACCUGUAUCAUGUGGCCAUCCUGGGGUUCCUGCUAAUGCCCUACUAAGUGGAGAUAAAUUUACAUUUGGAACGAAAGUUUAUUAUACAUGUACAGGAAUGCAUACUCUCAUAGGAAAUGCAACAAGAGUGUGCCAAGAAGAUGGUCAAUGGAGUGGAACACUCCCUCACUGCUCAGGAAUUAGCCCAGGAAUUUGUGGUGACCCAGGAAUACCAGCUCAUGGUUCCCGCUUAGGAAAUGAUUUCAAGCUGAAAAGCUUGCUUCGGUUUACUUGUGAAAUAGGAUACACAUUGAAAGGGUCUGUUGAAAGAACAUGUUUAUCAAAUGGAUCCUGGUCUGGGAUACAACCAUCAUGCGAGGCGGUAUCCUGUGGAAAUCCUGGAACCCCAGCCAAUGGCAUGAUAAUUUACAGCGACGGAAUACUUUUCUCCAGUUCUGUCGUCUAUGCCUGUUGGGAAGGUUACAAGACAUCAGGGUUAACUACUCGACAUUGCACUGCCAAUGGAACCUGGACAGGCAAUGCUCCAGAUUGCUCAGUGAUUAACUGUGAAGAUCCAGGCCCAAUUGCAAACGGUAUUCAGUUUGGAAAUGAUUUUACUUUCAACAAGACUGUGACAUAUCACUGCAACCCAGGGUUUGUGAGAGAUCCUCCCAUGCAACCUCCUAUGUUAUGCACCAAAGAUGGUACAUGGAACCAAACUAAGCCCACAUGUAAAGCUAUAAACUGUGGUCAACCUCCUCAAGUGUUGCAUGGAAAACUGGAAGGAUCAGACUAUAGUUGGGGGUCCAGUGUUAGUUAUACAUGUGUAGACGGAUAUCAGCUUUCAAGCCCUACUGUUCUUACCUGUGAAGGAAGAGGAAUAUGGAGGGGAGAAAUUCCUCAUUGCCUACCUGUCUUUUGUGGUGACCCUGGGACCCCAUUUGAGGGUCGUAUUAAUGGAAAAAGCUUUACAUACAAAUCAGAAGUUUCAUUUCAGUGUGGACCAUCUUUCAUUUUGGUUGGCUCCUCAAGGAGAGUUUGUCAAUCUGAUGGUAUCUGGAGUGGAAUUCAACCUGUGUGUAUAGAUCCAGCUCAUAAUACUUGCACAGACCCUGGUACUCCACAUUAUGGUAUGCAGAACAGCUCCAAGGCUUAUGAGAUUGGAAGUACUGUCUUCUUCAGAUGUCGGAAAGGCUACCACAUCCAAGGUUCAACCACACGUAUUUGUCUUGCUAAUUUAACCUGGAGUGGAAUUCAACCAGAAUGCAUUCCUCAUGCAUGCAGGCAGCCAGAAACACCUGGUCAUGCAGACGUGAGAGCUAUUGAUCUGCCUACCUUAGGAUAUACACUAAUUUAUAUCUGCCAACAAGGAUAUUACCUUGCUGGUGGAUCUGAGCACAGGACUUGUAAAAGUGAUAUGAAGUGGACAGGAAAACCACCCAUCUGUAAAAGCAAAGGACUCAGGGAACUUAAUACAAAAGCUACAAAAACUCCAGUUCCCUCGGAUGUUUUUUUUAUAAGUUCUGCGUGGAAAGGAUUUUAUGAGUAUCAUGGGAAGCAACAUUCAGCAACCUUAACAGUAGACUGGUUCAACAAUACCAGCAGCAAAGUGAAUGGGACAUUGUUGGAUAUUCACGGCAGUGAGAUGAAAUUAUCAGGAGUUUACAAAAAAGAAGAAGCUCAUUUGCUCUUGAAAGUUUUUCAAGUUAAAAAGCCUUCUGAAGUUUUAAUCAAAAAGUUUGAAAAUGAAAACUGGUCAAUGGAUGGUUUUGUGUCAUCUGGGAUAGAAGAUGGUGUUUUUAACUACCAAGGCGAUAUACACAAUAAAGACUUUGGCAAGUUUAUAUUUCAAAGACAAAGUUCCCAGAAUAUUAAUGACUCUUCCAAUAACCACAACGGCACAAACAGCAGUUCUGUAGCAGCUGCAAUCUUGGUACCAUUUUUUGCCCUUAUUCUGUCAGGGUUUGCCUUCUAUCUUUAUAAACACAGAGCAAGACCCAAAGUACAAUACAAUGGAUAUGCAGGCCAUGAAAACAGCAAUGGACAAGCUUCAUUUGAAAACCCUAUGUAUGAUACAAACUUAAAACCCACAGAGGCAAAAGCUGUUAGAUUUGACACAACAUUAAACACAGUUUGUACAGUGGUAUAGCCUUUGGUACCCAGAAUGACUGAUUUAUAGCCAUACCUCUGACGGACAAGCAGAAAUCCCAUUGGUGCCCUAAACCAAUAUCUCUUCUAUUUUUUGCAACACAUGCAUAAGAAAUUACUGAUUCAAAUGAGUAAAGUAUCUGAAGAUCAAAUGAAGAAGGUCCCAUUGUUUUAGGUAUGAUUAAAACGCCUGGCUGCACCUGCUUACCAUCAAGAAGCACUUCAGGAAGACUGCCAAGUCAUGCCACUUUGUCAUUUUAAUGCCUCACAUUUUGAAAUGUGUACGGGGUUGGAUGCCUUUCACUGCAAUAGUUUGGGCACUUGGACAAAUCCUAUGGGUACUUUGAUAAAUGAUAGCACCACAGUAUGCUUUUUUUAUAUCCCAAUGAACAGGAAUGUUCCAGAAGAAACAAAAACUCACAUUUGAAGGCAAGGACAACCUUAAUUUUGGUUGCAAAAAUGUUAAAAUGCUUUACCAUGAAAUCAAUGAAACUCUGCGACAGUUAAAGCAACCAGACUAUUUCAAGACACUGUUUGUGCAACAAGUGGUUUGCGACUUUUUCUCAUUCAGCUGAUGUUGCAAGAUAUUACUGCACAAUUUUUUUGCACUAGUGUGUUUGGAGUGACUGAGUACCAUACCAUCAAAAACAGGGUUUCUAAUGACAACAUCCAUUAUUAAAACAUGUCCAUAAUCACUUACCACACCUUUCAUUCUAUCCAUAUGUUCUAAUUAAUUGUUCAUGAUAUUGUUUACAUAAAGAUUUGUUCAUUUUUUAAUUAACAAACAUUUUCAUUAUAGUAAAAUAACAUUUGACAUCCAAUCCAGAAGCAGCAGUAAGUUUUGUACAAUAUAUAUAUAUAUAUAUAUUUUGUGUUAUUUUCUUAAAAAUGAAGAAAGAAAUACAAAAAAAGAAAAAAACAGGGUUGACGGUCAUUAAAAUUCUUACAAAUGAACAUCCAAUUGUGAAUAGUUAUUUAUUUAAAAAGAAACUCACUAAACAUGCUUCAUUUUUGCAUUUUUUGUCAUGUUAUUUAUUUGCUAUGGCCCAAUACGUGUUGCAGCAUUUUUGCAAAAUGUUAGAUAAAAAUCAUAAAAAGUUAAUGACAGUUCAUUAAUAGAAUGUGUUUUAAGAUUAUUUAGCAUUUUUAACCCUAUUAAUAAGAUAUGAUCAAACACUUUAAAGUACAGCUAUGCUAAAUUAUGCAAAUAUCAAUGAAAAUUGCACACUUGUAUCAAUCUGUUGUGAAAUACCUGCAGACCAUUGAAAGAUUUUGCAUAAGAAUUAUGUAUGUGAGCGUUUUAUGUUCAUAGGACAACAUAUAUUAACAAUCAGAAAAAAACUAAUACUUCAGUAAAGGUUUUAUAAUGUUCUGGUUUUUGUGCUUCCUAAGCAGUAAGAUAUGCUGUCAUUUACAAACUCAACAAAUCAGUGUACCCUUGCAAAGUGGACCUUAUUUGCAUUUUUUGCAUUUUUCUAUAAAAUAAAUCCAAAUAUUUUCUGGUUUUGGUCAAAAUCUUAUUUUUAUCGUAUUGCAGAAUCAUUUUUUUUUUUUUUUUGAAGGGUGCCUUGAUAAUGUUUUAAAGUAUUGGUAAUAUGAUACAUUAUGUUGAACACCUGGAGAGAAUAAAUUAUGGACUCACCGCAAUUGUUCUAGUAGGCCUAAAGGAAGAGAUAUAUCAUAUGCAAAACAAUAUGGAACCAUCUUUAGUUAUACGUAAUAAAUGCAUAUUCAAACAUAUAAUUGAAACAGACAAAUAUAUAGUUUUAUGAAUAUUUGAAAUGUCCUAUUUAAUUAUACAUAUAAAAGUAGAGUUUAACUGAAAUGCAACAAUGCUUAGCUGCUACAUGAGAAAUUCAAAAC